AUGAGGGAGGUGAAGCUGGAACCCGACGUUAUCUAUACUAUAUGCGGUGGCGUCAGCGCGUGCGAGAAGGAUGGGCAGUGGCAGCGGGCCCUGGCGCUGCUGAGCGAGAUGAGGGAGGUGAAGCUGGAGCCCGACGUUAUCAGCUACAAUGCUGGGAUCAGCGCGUGCGCGAAGGGCGAGCACUGGCAGCGGGCGCUGGCGCUGUUGAGCGAGAUGCGGGAGAUGAAGCUGGAGCCUGACGGCAUCAGCUACAGCGCUGGAGCCAAUGCGUGCGUAACGGGUGGGAAGUGGCAGCUGGCGCUGAGCGUGCUGAGAGCCAUGCGUUUGAGAAGGUUGAACGUCGACUUCUUUGUCUACGGAAUUACCGCCAGCAUGUGCGAGCAAGGCGGGCAAUGGAGUCAAGUGCUGUCUUUAUUCAGGGAAGUGCUUGUCCUAGUUACGGGGGCAUGA